UCCGGCGGCCGUCGGCUCGUCGUGUCGCCAACAAUAACGAAAACUUUUUUUCUUUCCUUGUCGUACAAACUAUCGCUAUAUUGACAUAGAUAGCGAGUUAUCAUUGAUGAUACCCAAAAUUCAUAGUAUCUAACAUUGCAAAGUUAUCAUCACUCAGAGAUAAGAAGUAUAUAUGUCAAAACAUAUAAUAUACCGACAAGAACAUGCUGUCCCAGUGUCUACUGCAUCAUUUCUCGCGUGUCAACAUGUCCGGGCUUAAAGUGUGGUCUCGUUUUUCUGCAAAAUCAAGGGAUGGAACAGUAUUGAAGCUUCGCAUAGAAGACAUGCCAGAAGACAGAAUAGAAGAUGUCACGAAGUUGUUAAUGACCCAUUAUGCACCGGAAGAGUCGUUGCACAAAGGUUCAGGUGUACCCAAAAAUCCCGAAGCAAUGGCAGAACUACUAAAACUUUAUAAGGAAUCUUGGAAUGAAAAGCCACAUCAAAUAACAAUUUGUGUCUCGGAUGACGAAACUGACACUAAUAGUGAAUUACUUGGCGCAUCGCUGAUGGUUUUGGAAACAAAGGAAGAAGCGUUUAAAGAAAUAACAUAUGACGACGCGAACACUGAAGAAAUCAAGAAAUUCCUCGAAAUAAUGAAAUGUCUAUCAGCGAAAUACAACGUUUUUGAAAAAUACGAUUUGGAUGAAUUCUACGAUGGUAGAGGAGUUGUGGUUCUACCAAAAUGUAGAGGUCUUGGUAUCGCUCAAGAGUUCUUCAGGGUGAGACGCCUGAUGUGCAAAGAACAUAAUAUCCCAAUGACUGGAGCAUGGAUGACGUCAUUUGGAACACAGAAGGCAGCCAUCCGUGAUAACUGGGAAACCGUAUGCGAAAUGAAUACCGAAGAUUUUGAGAAGGAAGUAGGAGUUAAAUUUGAAAAAGUCCCUCCAACUUGUAUAUUUAUGAUUGCUAGAGGCGAAUAAAUGGUUUUAAUUUUUUCAUGAAUUGUAAAAGUAAAAGAAACAACUUAAGGAAAAGCGAUAAAAGUUACUACAACACAAAUGACGAAUAGUUAAAGCUAUAAUGCCUCACUGAGACUAUCGUCGAAUAAAUUGUGCACGAAUAUAUGACUAUGAAUUAUGAGCAACGAAUACACCUAACUAAGCUGUUUACCCAUUCGUGUUUGAGUCUAAUCGACUGUACUCGACAAGUAUCUAAAUCAGAUGUAAAAGUUGCCACAAAACAAACCUCAUAAUUAAUUAGAAAAAAAGAACUAUAACUGAUCGUUACUGUCACUAACGAAAUUAGAUCUUAAUGCUAAAAGGUAUUUGUAAUUAUUAUCGUGCUAUCAAAAAUAAAAUUUAAUCAGAUCAUAAUAUUUUGUUUCCACUAAAUAAAUCAUGAGCAGGA